CGUUUCUGUGCUGUCAGAUAGACGUAAGAAGAGAGAUUGCUGCGUUGAUUAUUUAAAUAUCGCUUUACUCAGUGGGCAAAUAGGUCAUGUCUGAAGAUGUGAGUGUUGUAGUGGUGGGCUCUUGUAUGACUGACUUAGUAAGUCAGGCACCUCGGCUUCCCAAGGCUGGAGAGACAAUACAUGGACACAGGUUCUUUAUUGGUUUCGGUGGCAAAGGGGCCAAUCAAUGCAUCCAAGCUGCACGAUUGGGGGCCAAGACUGCCAUGGUGUGCAAGGUCGGCAGAGACGUUUUUGGGAACGACUACAUUCAAAACUUCAAAAAUAAUGGCGUAUCGACUGCCUAUGCAGAACAGACUGAAAAUGCUGCAACUGGAGCUGCCUCUAUCAUCGUAAAUGACACAGGGGAGAAUGCCAUAGUGAUUGUCGCUGGUGCUAAUAUGCUCUUGGGGCAAGAGGAACUGCAGCGGGCACUAACUGCCAUAGUAAAUGCAAAGGUGCUUGUUUGCCAGCUUGAAAUCAACCCAGAUACAUCGCUUCAGGCCUUGAGAAUGGCCAGAGAGAACCACGUGAAGACCAUUUUUAAUCCAGCUCCAGCUAUUGUGGACCUGUGUUCUGAUUUCUUCAAAGCAUCUGACGUUUUCUGCUGCAAUGAGUCUGAGGCAGAGUUGUUGACGGGUAUGUCUGUUACCUCAGUGGAGGAUGCCAGUCAAGUAGGCCUGGAGCUGCUAAACAAAGGUUGUGGUUCGGUCAUUGUCACCUUGGGGCCACAGGGCUGUGUGGUGUGUCAGCCCACAAAUACGGCACCUAAACACAUUCCCACCACCGCGGUGACUGCUGCGGAUACCACGGGAGCAGGCGACAGCUUCAUUGGUGCUCUGGCUUUCUACAUGGCCCAUUAUCCCACAAUGCCGCUGGAAGAGAUGGCCAGGAGAGCCAACCUUGUCGCAGCCAUGUCUGUACAAACUGUCGGCACUCAAACGUCUUUUCCAUUUCAGAAGGAUCUGCCAACUGAACUGUUCUGAAGGUGACCCUUGGCUUCAAAACAGCACCAUUAAUCUGUGCACAGUGUCCACAGAAUUAUUGUUUGUAUAAUAAACAAUACCAUGUACUGGUGAAUUCCAGAUAAUGUAAUUUCCUGGCAUUAUUUGUAAAUGACGUGAUAUAUAAUGUUUAAAUAUGUCUGAAAAUAAAAUAAAACCAUGUCAAUUUAUGUAAUAAAGUACAAACGGCAAAUGAACUGCUAUUAUUUUUUUUAAACAAUUAUGAAUUUUUUUUCUGCUAAACACAUUUUGUAGGAUAAUUAUUCCAACAAAUCCACUUCAGCCUAAAGCAAUCUGUCAUUGAGUAGGUGGUCCAUUGUUUGCAGUAGGUCAGAAUUCUGAUUUGGUACAAAAAAGAAAACAAAAGAACCAAACAAAUCCAACAUAAUACACUUAUUGUAAUGGCCUUAACAGCACAUUAUCCUGACAGGAUGUACAGCUCAUUUCUGGUCUCAUUAGACCAGUCAUCCACAGCUGCAGUAAUGCAGGGUCUUUACUUUGAUGUAAAUCUUCUUCCUUCAUAGUUGUUUAAUGACACUUGCAUAUGCUGGAUGUUGAUCAAUCAUCACAGUUGUUUUAUGCUGAUAACACUUCAAAAAGUCCAUUUUCUCAGCCCAUUUUUUUUA